CUUGCUGUUACCUGUUUGCUUUGUGCAUUCCUUCCACGAAGACUGACUGCCCUCUCGUUCACCUACGGACCCUUACUUCGAACGCCGAGCCUGUCACUUCCACUUUGACAAUACAUCCCAUGGCCUCACACUACUAGCUGCAGGGGGGCUGACACACUACACCUAUACACUGCGCACAACCUACAACACGAAUAGCGCUUGUAUAGCGCUCGAGCAAAUACAAAAUGUCGGACACUCAGUCGUCGGCUUCGGCGACAGCCACAACGGGCACAGGUGCCGCCCUAAAUAGGGAGAAUCAGAGCAUCGAGAACUUCGCCGCUUCUCUGUCCACUGCUGCUGUCGUUUUCGGUGUGCAGAUGGGCGUUUUCCUGAUCUUAAGUGGCAACUGGAAGAUCACACGGUCAAAGAAGAGCGCGACUGAACAGCCCACACAACGCCAGAGCCUGUUCCAGAGGAUAUACUAUUACAAGACAGCCUUCGUACCGAAAGCCAAGCGCAUCGCAGCCCCCGUUACCGCUAUCGAAUCCAUUAAGACCGUAUUCAAAAUCAGCGACCGGGAGCUCAUCCGUAUUGCAGGCGUUGAUGGCUUCCUAUUCCUCCAAUACCUGCAACUUUUACUUCGCAUAUUCAUACCAAUGGCCUGUGUCAUCCUCCCAAUCCUGCUGCCAAUCAACCGCGUUGGAGAUGUGGAUGGGGUAUCAGGACUUGAUUCGUUCGCAUGGCCGAACGUGGGCGUACCAAAGAAACAGCAUCGACUGUGGGCACAUCUGGUCUUGGCAGUAUUUGUUGUAUGCUGGGUCUGCUUCAACUUCUUUCUGGCGUUGCGGAAGUUUGUCCGCCUAAGGCAGACGAUUCUCACUAUGCCAGAGCACCGUAUACGCGCUUCUGCAACUACCAUUCUGGUGCAGAGUAUUCCGCGCAAGUGGCUCACGAUGGCCGCGCUUGAUGCGCUCUACGAUGUCUUUCCUGGUGGCAUAAAGGAGAUCUGGAUCAAUCGCAACUACGAUGAGCUGCAGGACAAAGUCAACAAGCGGAGCAAAAUCGCAAGGGCACUCGAGUCAGCCGAAACAAAUUUGAUCAUCAAGUGUACCAAGAAGCACAAGGAAAUGCUGGAGGCCAAGGCUAAAGAAGAGGGUAAAAAGAAGAAGACCAAGAAGGAGAGAAAGCAGGAAGAGGCGCAUAAGGAUCAAGAGAUUGCCAACGAGACCAUCGACCACGGCACAGAUGCUGGUAACCCUCACCAGAUUGAACGCCAGCUGCAGUCUGUUUUGGAAGAGAGUGCAUCUUCUUCGUCCUCCGACUCGUCCCGCUCCUCAUCGCCUUCCCGCAAGAAGGGCGUGUUCCCGAUACCUUUUGUAGGACAGGGCUUGCAUGCUGUUGGAGACGGAUUCCGUGAUGUGGGGCAAGGCGUAGGCAAUUUCAACAAGAAGAUAUACGGUGGUUUCAAGGGCGCUUUCACCAAAGACAGGAACGGACACGAUCAGCCUCCCCUCGACGGCACCGGUGAUCGACCAAUCUCUUCGCCAACUUCUGCAGACUUUGCGCAAAGAGCCACGAGUAGUGACACAUACUCUCCAUUGGCAGCUCCAGACCAAGAUCAGCCGGAAUUUGAGCGGACAGUCACAGAGACAAGCGCACCUUACGAGAAGCACAAACACAAGCACCAGCACGAAGAGAAGAAAGAGAAGAAAGAGAAGGACGGCGUGCUUCAGAAAUUCAAUGACUCGCGUUUAAACCCGCUUCGGUCCCUGCGACGUAUGAGCGACGAUUUCGCGAGCCCUCAGCCUUUCCGUAAACCUGACGAGGCAUUGCCAGAAGACUUGAAAGACCCUGUACAAGUUAAGUACGACUAUACAGGUGUUUACAAUCAAGCUCUCUUAGAGGACGAUGACACCGCACUUUGGAGAACGUAUAUCACGCCGAAGGAUCGUGAAUCUAUGCGCCUCCCCUUGUUUAAGUGGGAUUGGUGGCCGUCUAUCCCAUUGGUUGGCAAGAAAGUCGACACGAUUUACCAUUGCCGGAAAGAGUUGGCACGCCUCAAUGCAGAGAUCGAAGAGGACCAGGCUCACCCUGAGCGAUACCCCCUGAUGAACUCUGCCUUCAUCCAAUUCAAUCACCAAGUCGCUGCACACAUGGCUUGUCAGUCAUUGAGCCACCACGUUCCUAGGCAGAUGGAUCCUCGAACUGUCGAGGUCAACCCCAAUCACGUGCUUUGGGACAAUCUCACCAUGAAGUGGUGGGAAAGAUACCUUCGACUUUUUGGUGUUAUCGUGCUCAUCAUUGGGCUUAUCAUCUUCUGGGGUAUUCCAGUCUCAUUCACUGGAGCAUUGUCCCAGAUCUCCACCUUGACCGACCAGUUGCCUUGGCUGGGCUUUCUCGAACAUCUCCCAGGUUGGGCAAUCAGUUUUGUCCAGGGUGUCUUGCCUCCUCUGUUUCUGGCCAUCCUCUUUGCUGUUCUGCCGAUCAUUUUACGGUUCCUCGCCGGAGCCACAGGUACUACAACAUCUGGAGAGCGUGAGCUUUUGGUGCAAAACUUCUACUUCGCUUUCGUUUUUGUUCAGUUGUUCCUGGUUGUGUCCCUCUCUACGGGCAUCACAGCCACGAUCGAGAAGAUCACCAACGAUCCUAUCAGCAUUCCUCAGACUCUGGCCCAGAACUUGCCGAAGGCUGCAAACUACUUCUUUUCAUACAUGAUUCUGCAGGCUCUCAGUAUCAGUUCCGGUACACUGUUACAAAUUGGCGCAGUUGUCAUCAUCCUUCUCUUUGGCUUCUUCGAUACGACGCCUCGCGAAAAGGUUUCCAGGGUCCUUAACAGAUCGGGCAUCAACUGGGGCACCAUGAUUCCAGUAUACACCAACUUUGGCGCCAUCGGUAUCAUUUACUCGGUCAUCUCGCCCUUGAUCAUCAUCAUGAUGUUGAUCACUUUCUGCCUGUUCUGGUUCACCUACCGAUACCAAAUGAUCUACGUCUCGUACGCUAAGGCCGAAACGAACGGUUUGAUCUUCCCGAAGGCCGUCAACCAACUCUUUACUGGUCUGUACUUCCUAGAGCUCUGUCUCAUUGGUCUGUUCUUUUUACAGGACGACAAAGCUUGUGUACCACAUGCCAUCAUCAUGAUCGUGGUUCUGAUCUUUACUGUACUCUUCCAAUUUGUGCUCAACCGAGCCUUUGGCCCGCUAUUUACCUAUCUUCCAAUCACCUUCGAGGACGAGGCCGUUGAGCGUGACGAGGAGUUCCAGCGUGCCCAAGCCGCACGAUGGACCGAGGCAGACAAUGCAGAGCAUCAAUCGCUUGUUGGAGAGCACGCUGCCCAAACUGCAGAAGAGCGCGAACGCGCGCACAUGGAAGCGAUGGACCGUCUGGACGCACAGCGAACGCCGUCAGGCUACGGUAAUGAAGCUCUCGAACUUAAGAACCUCCACAACCCCGAGCGGUCUCGCAAAACUAGCUGGGCCAACAAGUCGCGCACCUCAGUCAAUGGCAGCCGCUCGCGCUCUCGCUCGCACACAACGCCGAAGAAGCAGAAGCGCAAAGAUCCUCUCGAUGCCUUCGCCGACACCCUCAAGCGCGGCUUGCACGAUGUCACAGACGGUGUUUCCCGUCCCGUGCGCGACAUUGAAUCACAGGUUCUGCCCACAGCCAACCUGUUCGAUAACAUCGAUGACGAGUUGCAAGACAUCGAGCCCGAGGCCCGCCAGAAGCUCGUCAAACGUAGCUUCCAGCACCCUGCGACUCGCACCAUCCAGCCUGCUGUGUGGAUUCCACACGACGAGCUAGGUAUUUCUAAGGACGAGAUCCAGCGCACAAGCACGUUCAGUUCAAGGAUCUGGAUCACGAGUGUCAACGCACGCCUGGAUGGACGUGGAAAGGUCAUGUAUAGGGGGCUGCCGCCCGAUCGCGAUCCAUUCGAGAACAUGGAGGUCUAGAGAAGGAAGGUGGAGGGACGAAAGGUUUUGUUUUGAUUGUUAGCGAGCAUUCUUAUCUUCAUUUACAUCUUCUGCAUAGCGUGCGCGGCUUGCAUGGUACACAUAGCGCUUGUCGCUCUUCUACAUGGAGACCGGAAUUAUACCCUUUACUGCAUGACCUGUAACGACGAUUGAACAACACAAUUACAUUAAAU